AUGGAUUAUCAGAACAGAGCCGGCUCUAAAUUCGGCGGUGGCGGUGUCGCCGACCGCUCGGCAACAAACGCAGAUCGCCGCGAGCGCCUGCGAAAGCUUGCCCUCGAGACUAUCGACCUCGAUAAAGACCCCUACUUCUUCAAGAACCACGUCGGCAGCUUCGAGUGUCGCCUUUGCCUAACAGUCCACCAAAACGAUGGCUCCUACCUGGCCCAUACCCAAGGUCGCAAGCACCAAACCAAUCUAGCGCGUCGCGCAGCUCGCGAGGAGAAGGAAGGGAAAGGUCAGGACCCGGCUUCCCUGUCGGGUGUUGCAGGUGUGCAGGUCAAGAAGCAGACCAUCAAGAUCGGACGCCCUGGCUACAAGAUUACCAAGACCCGCGACCCGUUGACACAGCAACAGGGCUUGAUUUUCCAGCUGCAGUUCCAGGAUAUCACCCCUGGUGUUACUCCGCGUGUACGUUUCAUGUCGGCUUUCGAGCAGAAGAUUGAAACCCCAGAUAAGGCCUUCCAGUAUCUCAUUGUUGCGGCGGACCCGUACCAAACUUGCGGUUUUAAGAUUGAGGCGAAGGAGAUUGAUCGCCACGAGGAUCGAUAUUGGACCUGGUUUGACGAGGAUAGCAAGGAGUUCUGGAUCCAGGUCACUUUCAAGACCGAACGUGAGGAACGAUUCAGUGGCGUGCCUGGUUUGGCAUCUUUGCCUGCUCGGCCUCCUCGUCCCGUUUGA